AUGUCCUCCGUCGCCCCGUCCAGGUCUCUGCAGGCUUCGGCCCUGACCUUUGUCAUUCUAUCCAUUGGGCACACAGUCCAAGGAAGACAGUGGACUGCAGAGAAGGUAUUUAGGAAUAUCAAGGGGUCUAGGCCAUGGGCUUGUGGGACUGUGGGAUGGUUCCAGGCAAGUCCUUCCUCUUGCUGGGGUCUAGACCCGGCGUUGGCGUCCAAUAGGCUAUCGAACACGGUCCUAUCCCGUGAUAUUACCGCGGCGGUGCUAAUCUGGUCCAAGAACCCUGCCGCCCUGCAGGACCCGCUCAACAAGGCGCUCGCGACUAUCGCCAAUGCCAUUCUCUGGGCGAGCUCGGCCUGGUAUGCCAAGACGGGGGUGAAUGAUAACGCUGUGUUGGUUGGACUGUCGGCAGCGCUGCAGGCUUAUUCUGUUUUCUCGAACUAA